AUGUCUUCGUGGGGAAGAGGACGAGGAGGACGAGGACGAGGGAGAGGACGUGGAGGGGCACGCGUUCCCCAGAUCAGUUCACCAGCGCCUCCGCUUGGAGAGAUCAUUGUCACAAUCCGUCAAAAUGAAAUCGAAAGUCCCGCGGACGAAGACAAUGACACAUCUCGAAUCACAAACAGUCAAUAUCUGACAUCCUACAACUGGCUUGCUGGGGAAAAGAGCAGGAUAAUCGUUCCCGGUGAGCCACCAAAGUGGACACCUCUGCCCGAUGCUCCCAUGCUUCAAAAGGACAGGGGUGAAUAUUAUCGUGAUCGAAAUGCUGCGCAAUACCCCGCCCACCCUCUGGAGCCAAUGGUACAAGCAAUACUAACAGACAAUCCCGAUUUCCCCGUGACCAAUGUGGACAUCAUUGGUUGCAGCAGCACAAUGGGCAACCUCUUACGAUUUGCACUUGGGCAGAACAAGUCCUUCAGGAUUCUUGUCGAGGUACUCGGUCAGACGGUCUUCUUCGUCAGAAGGGAAAACUCGCCCACCGAAAAGAUCCCCGAUGUCCGUGGGUAUGGGCAUACUUUCCCAGAAGCAUACACCACGUGGAGUGCAAGAGUGGGUGGAUCCAAGUCCCACCAACGGGUGAUGCAGUAUGAAUUUGCCGGAAUGCAGUGUUUGGUGCGCUUCGAACCGGAUGGCUUUCUGCCCGACCUAGUCCCGGAUACCGAGGAAACCGAAGAAGACCCCGUCUCCCCAAAGGAUAGUAUCGACCCAGAAGGAGCUUUGGCGUCCCUUGAAGAAGCAACAAUCUCGGAUGAUAUCUCAAUCAUUACAGAAGUCUCGUCGAAACAGCUUGAGACUACAAAGCAAGGCCGGCGUGUCCCACAGUGUGCAAUCUUUGACCUGAAGACCCGAUCUCAGAAUAGAAAGGAUCUUAACGUUCUCGAGGAAGAAUUGCCUCGGUUUUGGGUUUCACAGACUCAAAACUUCAUUCUCGCCCUUCAUGGAUCUGGUCGAUUCAGGGAUAUUCGGGUGCAGGACGUCGGGGAUGAGGUAAAGCAAUGGGAGGAGGCCCAGCAAGCGGGGUUGGGCAAGUUUGCCAGCUUACUCCAGAUGAUUGUAGCCUUCGCCCGGAGCGUGGAAAAUGGGAAACUUGAGAUUGAGCGUGAGGAUGGCGACUACUGCGAUGUCUAUCUGACGCACGACUCGAUGAGCGUGCGCAAGGCGCACAACUCCGGCCGAAACCACCUGCGCAAUGUGGUCGACUACUACCAACAGAUCGGCCAAGAAAAGGCGCAGUCCGUCAUCGACUCCAUCACCUCCUCCUACGCCGCAGAGGGCCAACAGGCCCCCAACAUGAUGCCUCCGGGAGCCUUCCCGCCUCCCUUCGGAUUCCCAGGUCCGACUCACCCACCAAUUUCUCCCUCCCACAACCCCACCCCAAAGCUAACAUCACUAGGACACCCAGGCAUGGCUGGAAUGCCUCCUCCCCCCUUCGGCAUCCCUCCACCAGGCGCCCCAGGCGCCCCAGGCAUGCUCCCUCCCCCAGGAGCCCACGGUCUUCCCUUCCCACCUCCCUUCCCCAACGCCGCCGGGACCCCGCCAACAGGCGGAUUCCCCCCGCCUCUCAACAUGCCACAGGGCGCAAACUUGCCCAUCCCGCCCCCCGGCGGCUUCCCAAACUUCCCUAUCCCCCCGCCAGGCGCGGGCUUCCCGCCUAUGCCUAUGCAUGGUCAGCCUGGUGCGGGGCCUGGCGGUCCGUCGCCUAUUCCGACUGGACCCCGUGGCUUGGAGGGAUAUCCUCCUCCCCCUGGAAGUGGGAAUAAUGGUAGGAUGGAACAGCAGUGGUGA